AUGGCUCCCGAGGCCCCUCGAGCCAGCCCGCAAGGGGGCCUUCAUGGAGGCCCCAUAGAGCCCUGGGCUUCCCAGCGGGUGCCGCCGAGCUGGCUCUGGGCGCACUGGCAGCGCCAGGGGCGCACGAGGCGCUGGGCUCCCGCCGUGUCACUAUCAGAGACAAGGAAGGUCCUGUCUGUGCGCAACAGCUUCUUGGCGCGCUGCCGGGCUCUUCCACCCUGGCCAAGGCACGCAGAGCCCGGCUCCCGGAGACCAAUCCCGCACUUCCCCAAGUCCCCAAAGGAGUUCCCGCAGGUCCGUUCGAACUCCGACAAGAGUGUUUCUCUAAACGGAGGCAGUGCAGCAAGAGAGGGCGCCGAGGGGCCAGACCAAAGGGGAAGGAGGGACGCGCUUGGAGAGGCGGGACCCACGGGCUCAGGUAACGGGUCUUUCUUGGGGAGCCUGGAAGUGUCGGUGGGAGCCAGCCGGGUGACUCUCAGAGAACGUUCAGCCCGGGACCCGGACCCCAGCCGCACCCGCUGCUCACCUCUGAUCCGGGGCAAACGCGCCUCCUGUAGCCGCCGACCGGUCGGGGAGCGGCGCGUGCACAAUUUCGGCGUCCGGUGUCCAGCGGGCCCAGCUCGGAACCGCAGCGGCGCUCGGGGCUUCUCUGCGCGCCGGGUCUGGGCGGCCUCGGAGAUUCUGCCGGACAGCCUGGUGUUCUCACCGCCUCGGUCCCAUCGGAAGAAGUCGGGGAACGGGAACCCGGCGGGCGCCACCAAUCCGCGAAAUGAGGCUAGGACGAAGUGGAUCGACGGAGUGAACAGUUGUACUUACAACCGGCCGGGGCUGCACCCCGAGGUCGGGAAGAAACAGCAAGAGCAAAGGCUUAGCAGCAGAAAAUGCACAAGGAGUUCUCUCUGGCAGGAGCACAGUGUCAGGCUCUGAUGCUUUCACUUCUCAAAAUGAAUUACUGGCUCCCAGAA